GGGUGGGGGUCGAUUCGAUAGGGAUCGUCGGUGGUGGGUUUGCGCUCGGUUGUGUCUCGGCAGUGGCUCUGGUCUGGUUGCACAGCGUUUCAAUCUGUGACACCCCCUGGACCCCCCUUCGCCCGGAUGUCACAGACUGACCCGUGACAUCUCGUCCACCUGAGGCUGAACCAGUGCACCACCGGCGGAUCUUCAUCAUCCCGUUCCCCCACCCGUCGACAUGCCUUCCGUCCGAGACAUCGCCGCCGAUGCGUUCAUCCGCGAAUACGCUGGCCACUUGAAACGAUCUGGCAAGAUCGAGGUCCCUACAUGGGUGGAUAUUGUCAAGACCGGACCCUGCAAGGAGCUUGCUCCAUAUGACCCCGACUGGUACUACGUCCGAGCUGCUGGUGUCGCUCGUCACAUUUACCUCCGAAAACAUGUCGGAGUUGGCGCCUUGGCCAAGCUCCACGGAACUGCCAAGAACCGUGGAAACCGACCCAGUCAUCACGUGGAUGCCUCGCGAUCAAUCGAACGGAAGAUCCUGCAAGGUCUGGAGAAGAUCGGAGUGCUUGAGAAGGACCCUCGAGGCGGUCGACGGGUGUCGCAAGAUGGACAGCGAGACUUGGACCGUAUCGCCAGUAACAUUGCUGAACAGUUGAGGGCCGGUGCAGAUGAAGACGACGAAGAAUGAAAUCUAUAACAAUCAUGUCCUUCACACUCAUAUGUCUAUGCUCGUCGAUCACACAACUUGUGUACUUAAUGUCCUUCGGUCUGGACUCCAGACACUCCCCGGUCUGUCCUCAGGGCCCAUAGGUCAGCGCCCAAAGUCUUGCCAAUAGACUUCUGGAUCUUACUCUUCGUUAUGUUUCUCCUCACUGACCCAACUCAAAUCACACUGCUCACCUUUUUCUUUUUUUCUUGUUGGAGAGUUUUCCGUAUUUUACGCAAUUUACUACACAUGUCUUUACACAUUCCUCAAUUUCUUUGUACAACAACAAUCUCUUCAUGAAUAACGAGAACCCCCAAAAAGAAGCAGGUCUUCUGCAUUCUAGACUCUCGUCCUGUUGGUUGACAGUUCCUCCAAAAAAGACACACAGAUUAUCG